AUGGGAGAUAGAGAGCUAGGAAAAGCUUGGGUAGUUGCCUCUAGUGACUAUGAGAAAUGGAGACAGAAAAGAGGGAUGUCACAACCAUCCACCUCACUCUCUACAUGUUCAAACAGUGAAGAACUUCAAAAUCAAGUCGAUGCCUUGACCCGGAGGAUAGAAAUCAUGGGAGCCCAGAUGAAGGCCCUUGAAGAAAGAGAGCAAGAAUCUAUCCUCACCAUAGAUGGUCUGCAGAGGCAAUGCAAGAAAAAGGAUCAUGAAAUAGAGCGCCUCAAGGAUCAGUGCGCUGACUCUAAUGAGCAAGCUAUCCGAGCAUCCAAAGCUGCUAAAACCAGCUCGGAUAGCCAACUCCAAGAAAUAACCGCCAAAUCAGCACAGCUUGAGGCCGAAUGCGCAAAACAGGCUCAGACGAUCAAGGACUUGUUACAAGAUCUCACAAGGACUUGGUCAGAAAUACGCCAAGAGCGAGAGGCCAACCGGAGACUCAACAAAAGUCUCACUGAUCUACGCUGCAAAGAAAGAGAUGGGCUAGCUCAGUACGUUCAAGUACUGCGAGAAAAAGAUCGAGUCCUUGCAAAGCUCGACGAGCUGCAAGCCUUGGUCGUCCAUCAAGAGGCGAAUAUCAAAGAGGUUCAAAAGUACAGUGAAGAUAUGAGCCAGGCGGUCCAGAAGCAAAGCGAAGCACUCGCUCGUCAUGUCUGGGAAGCCGAAAGGGAAUUACAUAAAGAUCAAGACCUUCCUGUGGGUUUCUUUAGGCUUUUCCGCUUUUGUCAAAAGUUGUUUCGUAGUAUGGAAUAG